AUGGCGUCCUGCCUCAUGGUUGGGUUGACCCUGGCACUCCUGGGCCCGGGCUUGGCUUCUGGCGCCGAGAGCUGCAGCUCCACAGCGGGGUCGCUGAUGCUGCAAGCCAGGCGAGGUCUCCACAAACACGCGGUGAGCGAGGUGGUGACGGCGUCCAUGGGCCUUUGGACCGACGAUGCCUCGGCUUUCCAAGGUGGCUCCUGCGAAUACGCCAGCGCAUCGCAAGGUGGUCUUGAGUCGCCGUCGGCCACAAGCAAAUACCUGGAAUCCCGGGCUGUUUGCCUGGCCAACCCUGCGAUCUACGGCGGCGGAGUCGCCUGUGGCUCCUGCUGGAAGGCUGAGCGAGAGGGUCAGGGCAGCAUGGUGGUGCAGAUCAUCGGGUCUCAUGGAGGCUCCAACAACUUGGACUGCUUCUCCGACGCCUUCCGCACCAUCGCCGGUGCGGACGGCGGCACUUUCGAGGUCCGCCUUGAGCCCGUCGAGUGUGAGGUGAAUGGCGCAGGGCCAGUGGCGACCAUCGUGGAUGGGGACAACGCCUGGUACACACGAGCCAUCUUCUCCAACUUGCCUCAUGCCGUCCUGGCUGCCUGGAUAUCCGUGGAUGGGAAAGCGACGGAGAUGCGUCGUGUAUCGGGAGCGACUUGGGAGGCCAACCUCGGAGGUGGUGGCUCUGUUGUUGGUUUCAAGGUGAGCCUGGAGGGCGGAACGGAAAUGGCCUUCCGCGACUGCUUCAGCUCGUGGCCUGUGGCGAAAGGAAGGGACGACUGCCGCGAUGCCGGCUGCUGUCAGCAAGCUGGGCAGACCUGCUAUGAGAAGGAUGCCUUCUUUGCGGCCUGCCGCAGCAGUUGCGUGCCCGGCAGCGUGAACCCCAGGGACCCGGAAGAGUUCCGAACGCCCUGGACAUGCGAGAUUGUCGGCAACACCAACCCAAGCCCAACUCCAGCUCCAACUCCGUCGCCAUCCCCGGUGCGGCCCGUGCCUUCGCCCGGUCCAGGACCCUCGGGUGCCUUCCGCACUUCAGAAGUCGGCUCCAGCAAGGACCGCCUCUUCGAGUUUGUUCGGGUGCUGACCAAUCAGCCCGUUUCAGGCUCCAAGGCUCGCGCAGUGCAAUCUUCUGGCGGAGCAGCUGGGGGCAUCGUGUCCGAGAGUCAGGGCUAUGGCCUCCUCCUUGCAGGGACGCUGCUGGCUGCCAUGGACUCUGAUUCGGAUUUUGGCCGCGUCUCCGAGCUUACCUACGAGCUUUUCCUCGGAUGGCGCCGCAUGUGCGAGCUGAGCGCAGCGGGCGGCAGCUGUCAGGACGAUGAGGGUUUCCAGUGUGGCGGUGGCCAAUACCCGUGCCUCCCACAUUGGAAGUUCGGCGAGGAUUUGACCCAGGUCGUCGGAAAGGGAGCUGCGCCAGAUGGAGACGUCGACGCCUUGUUGGGCAUGUUGUUGGCUGUGUUGGCUCUGGAAGGCACAAGCCGCGAGCCGGCCUGGCUCGGCGAGGUGGGCCAGUGGGCCUACGACACCUGCAAGCAGUUUUAUCUCAGCUCCACCGUGGCCUCCCCAAGUGGCCAGCACCAGAUCGUGAAGUUGGGCUCCUGCUGGGGCGGCUGGGGAACGCAAGGGCAGAACCCCAGCUACCACGCGCCCGGUGUCUACCGGCUCUGCCGGGACUACAUGGCCUCUCACGAUGAGAAAUACGGCGGGUCCUCCACGGAGGGCGAUGGCUUUGCAAGAGAUUGGGAGACGCUCAUCGCCACGAGCUACAAGAUGCUUGCGGCCACGCAGUGCCCUUCGACGGGAUUGGUCCCGAACUGGGCUCAGAUCUUCGAAGAUGGACGCCGACUCCGGGCUCAGACGGGCUUCAGCGGCAGCGGCACGCCGGGUGCGGAGUUCGGCGCCGAGGCGUCGCGGACCAUCUGGCGAGUGGUGGUGGACUUCCUGCUGUAUCCUUCCGAGGCGCGCCCAGCCGCCGACUUCCUGAGUCCGGUUGCCAAGCACUUGGGGAAGAAGGAGAACUCUGGGCGAUGGGCGUCUUCCCUGGAUGUGGAUGGCGCUUGCCUGGUGGAGACCAUCCACCCAGGAUGGCAGGUUAACAUGUUCAUGGCGGCGCCCACCUUCGCCAGCCUUGUCUGCCCAGCGGAGCUCGAGGGCGGCAGACAGCAGGAGCUUCUGGACUCGGCCGGCAGGCUCUUGGCCAGCAAGCGCAUCCGGGACUACUACUCCGGCAGCUGGGUGGCCAUCAGCACCAUGACUCUCAACGGCGACCUGGCCAAAGCAGCCGCCAAUGCUAAGAUCGGGUCGGCAGCACGCUCCGCCUCGGCGCCCGUGAAGCUGAUCUCUUGA